GCUCCUUUGCAUGUCAGUUCAGACCAGCCAGAGCAAUCCAGUCAUUCUCAACCUGAGGGACUCCAAAACUAGGAAUUCACUUAAUGAAUCAUGCAGACCCAUGGCUCUGGCAUGAAAUCACUCAUUUGUUACAUUUUUCCAUGUACUGAAAAAGUUGGAUAGUUAACGCCAGCAGCUACUGCAAGAAUGGGGGAUUUUUCUACCUUGUAAUGCUUUCAGGAAACUACCCACUUCGCUGAGAUUCUGUGAAUAGAGAGAAGAUUGGAAGCGGUGGAGAGAGAGGGAUUGGAGAAAUGUACAGCUUCAUCUGGCAGUGAUGCAUUCUCGUAUGUGAGCUCGCUUCCACAAAGGUGUCCAGCCCACAAACACAGGCUGCAGUCAUCAGGUGACUUUGCUUCCUCUUAUCAGUGCUGUAAAUUUUACGACGUUGAAGUCUUGGCGGUAUCGGGUCCACCACACUACACCCUGCUGCUGCUGUAUGAUCCUCUUUGUUUAAGGGACACUUCAAGACUCACGAUUCAACAUGACAACUGACAUUUAGAGGUAACCAGGUUGUGGGUAUUUUCUGUGAAAGCUGCAUGUCCCAUCACACAGUCAUCAUGACUGAGCCAACAAAAGAUGAUAUUUAUGCAUAUGCCCUGUCCAAGACCCUGACAAAAGUUUCAUCCCCUGCAACUGUAGGACUCUACUCCACAUGUCAGAAUCGAAUAAGCAUGAUCCUCCAUCAAAUGAAAGACAUGUGGCAUUGAACAGACUGAAUGGAGCGUGUGCAGCUGUAGUGAAGAUCUCCAGAUAUAUCGCACAUGUUGGACCAGACUUGGUGCUCGCAUAAUAAUGUCCGUGGAACAAUGAAGCUUCAAAACGUUGCGAGUGUACAUGAACCAGGAGGCUUCAAGGACUGAGAAGGAAUAUAAAGGAAGAUCCAGGCCUCGCUCAGUUCAGCCUUCAUUUAGUGACUUUCUAGCACUCCUUGGUCGACUGCUCUUCUACAGGCCAGUUUGGACAAAGGAGAACCAGCAGCACCACAACGUCAGGUUCAUUUAUGUGCACUUUAGUGCUUGGCAUUUUGCAGGCUGUGACCUGCUUUGGGCCGGUAUAGCCAUUCGGCUGUUUCAGGCCAUGCAGAUGAGCUUUGGGAAGUUACAACUUGUACUCUACCGUGUGGCUCAACACAAUGAAGAGGAGGAAGUCCAGAAGCAGAUUGUGAAGGAUAGUCCAGACCAUUGGAGAUCCAAGAAGAUUUGCUGCUGUCCGCUGUGGUUACUUGUCUUGUGCAUUCUUGUAAUACCAGCUAUCGUACUGGUGUUCGCGUUGACAUUUGGUCUCCCCAAAGCCGAGGUAAAAACAAACGGGACGGUGAUUGCAACAGAUGGGAUGGGUGUGCUGGAGGGCCUGAUCAUUGCCUCGUUAGGAGUCCCUGCAGCGAGUGCACUGAGGUUCACCUUCCAGACAGCGAAGAACCUCAUUUUUAGCCAGGAGAUGAACAUUAAGGCUGGGAUGGACAAUGAACGGAUCAGCUCCAAAAUGGGCUUCAUGAACGAGGUCCGAAAGGAAAUCUGGCUUUUGUCUCAGUUCAUACAGUUUAUGGAGGUGUUUGAGAGGAGAAGGAUUCGAGUGGUCCUGAAUAUCACCAGUCUGGACCGCUGCUCUCCCAAGAAAAUCGUUGCAGCUCUGGAAGCCAUCAACAUUCUGCUUUCAGAUGAAGGGAGCCCAUUUAUAUCCAUUCUGGCAGUAAACCCACAGGUUCUUGUCGAGAAAGUGAACUUUGCAGACGGCUGCUUCAGCAAAGAGGACAGAGCCUAUGCACUGUUGAAUCGCAUAGUCACUCUGGCCUUCACGGUCCCACCACUGGGCGAUGAUUCGAGGCGCAAUUUAUUUCACAGCCUCACCAGCACUUCUCCCUCAAGGGAAGGCAAACGCAAAAGAAAUUCAUCUUUCUCGAGUGUCCCUUUAGUGGAAGUUGCGUCGGAAACAAAGGAUUCAAGUCCACUGAUCAGUAAAAAUACAGCAACACUGGAUGUACAGGAGGAGGAAGUAGAGAAUUUGGUCUGGAACAUCCUGACCAGCAGUGAAAGGAACUUUAACAAGUACAUGUCAGAUGAUGUCAUGUCUAUGAGGAGGGUGAUCAACUCUAUUCAAGUAACUGUGAUAAUCAUGAAAGCCUUAAAGAAAGAGCUUCCUCGACCAGAACACAUUGCAGCAUGGGUGGUCUUAGCCGAUCAGUGGCCCUGCCGGCUCAGCUGGAUCAUCCAGUGCGUAGAAGACACUCAGCAGAGGGCAGAUAUUGAUCCAAACAAUGUCCCCAACAUUGACGACUCAAAGGCCUUGUGGGAAGUGUUCAGUGGAUCACAGGCAGAGCUCUAUGUGAUGAGCACACAGAUUGAGGAGCUCCUCGAGCAGGAUGGAGAUCCUGAGAUGUUUGAAAGAUUCCUCAAAGUGGAUUUCCAAUUCACCGUGAGAGACUUGAAGACAUUUGAAGCAGCGACGGUGAACCUGGAUCAUUCGAUUAGGACGGAACUGGCUCAGAUCAGAGGGACGUCCAGGCUGAAAGAUUCUGGCUGGAUGAGGAACCUUGCUCCUCUGCCAAUCGCAACUAUCAUCAAAAUGAGUACAGAGGAUGUGUGUAACGAGUUGAAUAGGAUGGAAUAUCCCAGCAAGUACAUCGAUAUUGUGAAAAGCAAUGACCUCAAUGGUUCAGCGAUGGUCUUCGGCGACGCAGAUGACCUUAAAAACCUCCUAGAUAUGACCUUUGGUGAAUGGGCGACUUUCAGACUGCACUUCUUGGGUGUACCGUCACACCUUCGGCCAUCAUACACAAACAUGCCGUCAACGCCGUAUCAUUCUAAGAGCCAGCUUUCAAAAUACCUCUUACAUGUUCCCCGUCAUUACUCAUCUAAUCCAAGUGUGGCUAACAACGCCAUGUAGGAAUCCAUUCCAUCUCUAAUGAGUCUGACAUUCCUAAAAAUAUGAUCUACACGAACCACAUUUAUUAAUAGUUACGGCAUCAGUAUGUAAUGUGUGCAUACAAUCCACACACACAUGGCAAUCCGUGUUGAUCUAACUAAUGCCGUAGUUAAAUAAGGAGGUAAUUAUCACUCCUGUACCUGUAUGAUAUAUGAAGCUAGAGCCAGCAGGUAAUUAGCUUAGCAGCACUGGGAGCGAAGGAAAUUAUCCAGCCAGAUUCUGUUCAGGUUUAAAAAUACACCCAUCAACACCUCAAAGGCGAACUGCACUCAUCACUGCACACCAAGAAGUAAUAUUCUAAUGAAAUCACAUUUAACAGUUCUGCUUACAUAUGAACUGAAGAAGCGACAUGCAUUGUGUUAAUGACUCAUUAGAGAUGAAGUGUUUUACAGCAGUCAGGCUUCCGGUUUGCAGGCAUGGGUUUGGUGUAAAUCUAACUUCUCACGAGUGAGAAAUCAAUUCAUCUCUAACCCUUUAUGUACCUAUCAUCUUAUCUGACUGCUUGAUGAACAGUUUUGUCAUGAAAUCAUAUGUAAAUAAGUUCAGAGUGAAAAAAUCCUGUUCCCCACAGACUUUUUCUGAAGUGUUUGUGACAUUUCCACAAGGGUCAUUCUUCAUCUCAAAUCAUGAAAUUUUUCAAACACUUUCUACUUGACCAUCUCUGAUUUCCCUGAGGUUUUUAUACCAUAAAUGUAAAUAUUUCUAAGGAAAUUUGUGAAAUUCUAGCUUGAUAUGUCAAAUACUUCUGCCAGUUGUCCCACUUUCAAUGUGUUUUUUUCACACAUUGAAAUUUGAGCCUAUGUUUGAACAACAUCUCAGCAACUAUUAAAGAUACAAAGUCAGACAAUGAAGAAUGUCCCUUUAAAAAUAAAAUUUUAUUUGAUACUCAAAAACUCUGCUCUGCAAUAUUUUUAUAAUGCAACUUGUCAUACCUGCUCAAUCAGUUGUGAAAGGUCAUGGAACAUAUGAUUUGUUUUGCAUUAAUGUGACACACCUUCAACAUGGGACUGUUAGUGACAGCUUCAUUUUUUUACACCCAUGAUCAAAGACUACUUAUUCUAAGUGUCCAAUAAUGCAGAUUAUGAAUCAAUAGUGUGAUGAGAAAUAGUAGUGAAAAUGUCAGGCUUUUACAUUUAAAAGUUCCUGACAUAUUGUCACUUUCAGAGCGUUAUUAAACAUGCUCAAAAGGGGUCAACAGGCAGUUUAUUCAAAAAUGUAUCUCAGAAAAUGCUUGCUAUAUCAAGCCAAAAUUUCACAGAUAUAAUUUUAAAGAUCCAGCAGAGAUGGUCGAGCAGAAGACCCCUGAUGAUGUGAGAUGGAAUAAACCAUAACUGGUUACUGCACCACAUUUCAAUUAGCCAUUGUCUCACUGUGACUCUCAACUGCUGCUCAGAUGUUUACAUGUUUCUCAUUUAAUUCCUCCUCCACUCCAGCAUGUUCCACUUGCCCUCUAUGGUCUUUCCAAAGGAUUUUAACUCUUCUCUCCCUGCUCUGAGCCACUCACAAAACAAUAAACUGCAUUUUAUUUA